AGGCCUUCAGACAAUGCGAUUCCCUUCCAGUGGGAGGCGGAGGACCGAGAGCUGGCUGGCAGCGACGAAGGCCGCAUCUCAACCAUCACGCCGUCCGAAGCCCAGAUCUUCAAGGGCAUCUUCCAUGAGAUUGCCCAGGGCAAAAUGCCCGCCUCAAGGAGGCGCGGCCCAGGGCGGCAAUCUGAGGAUGGGUACCAGGGCUUGAGCGACGCACCUGCGAGCAGCAGCGAGAAAGACAGCAGCCCCGUCUCAGCUCGCUCCCUUGCAGAAAAGGCCCGCAUAUCCGAGUUCCGGGACAAGUUCCUCAGCCGGUAUCCCAGAUCUCUGCAAAAUGCGGCUCAGGUCGCGCUGGGCCUGCAUGAAGUCAGGCCGCGGGAUGCAGAGGCUGAGCAGGAUGCUGCUCAGAUGAUGGAGCUUGAGGUUGACGACGAGGCGGCAAGGGCUGAGCGUGAAGCCCUUGAGCUCGAGAGAAGCAGAGAGUGCGAGAGGGUGGAAGCUCUGAUGAGGGCAUGCAAAACUGAUGCAGAGCUGUGGAGUGUGAUGGAGAAGGAAGUCUUUUCGCUGCCCGAAAAGCUGCAUAUUGCCCAGGCAAGGCGGUCAGGCAUCAGCUCUAGGGGCUCAAAGGGCAGAAAGAAGUCAAAGGCCAAGGCGGAGGAAACCGGCCAAUCUGCUCUUUCAGAGCGUGUCAUGAACAUCCACGGCCCGCUCUAUUCACGCUUCCUCACCACGGCGCUCGACCUCUUCGACUCGGCCUUUGCUCGUCCCUCUCCAUACAUUUUCCAGAUUCUCCCCCGUAUCAAGGAACUCGGCUUGCCGUCCUUUGUCCUGGGCGUUUCGACGCCAUUUUACGCCAAGCUGGCGGAUAUCUACUGGCGCCGCUUCGGAGACGCGACCUCUGCGCUGGACAUGCUACACGAGAUGAACUCAGCCGGCCUGUUUGCCAAUGCAGAGGUCAACAAUCUCAUCUCGCAGCUGCGCAAUGAACUGCAUGCGUGCGCCUGGGGCGGCCAGGGGCCCUUUGUCAUGGCCAUGAUGGAGUCUCCUCCGUAUGACGGUGCGUUGAUGCAGAAGCUCGAGGAGGUGGUUGGCAUGAUUGGGCAG